UAAUCAGGUCUGUAAUCAGUCUUCCUUUUAACAUAUUAAUGGAGCAGUAGAGACAAAAAUAAGGAAGAUUUCAUCCUUCAAACCAAGGACUUGCCAUGUCUUAUCAUUACAAUGAAACCUUUGAAAAUCCAGACUAUCACUUCUCAGAGACACUGGAAAUUGAUAGAAGGGGGAGUUCUCAAAAGAAUCCAUUUUCUUACCAAACUCCUCAUGAUUCAUCUCAGUCUGAUUACUAUGGAGAGCGCAGAGGGAGGGAGCAGAACUACCCUGUGGCCAUCCCAAUGGCUUCCCUGGGACCUGGAUCUGACUGCAGCCAGGAUUUACCCAGCACAAGUCCAUAUGGGAAUUUCACAGGCAAUCUUUCCUUUGAGCCUGAGCCAGAACUGACUUACACCCCACAUUCUACCUCCCAUAUGCUGGAUUAUCCCUACACUCAUGGAAUUUCCAGUGGAUCAGAGGACAGCUUCAUUCGGAGACGCAACCGAAGACCACCUGAUGACAUCUUCAUGACUUCCUCCAGCAUGCUUGAAACAGAUCCAAUGUGCAGGGAAGAGGAAGAUUUAAUUGGAAGUCUUGCAAGUAUGUCCACCAAUGAAAGGAUUAAAGCAAUCCAGAAGAUGCCAGAGACCAUGAGAAAAAAGAGAGAGAUCAGAAACAAAGUUCUGAAAGAAAUAACCAAAAAAUCAAGGCAUCGUGGAGCUCAGUGUACACAGGGAACAUGGGGAGUGUCAUUUGGGCGAUUUGGAAAUACCCUUUCAGAAUAUUUUCACCAACUGCGGCCAUGGCACAAGACUCUGAAGAUCAUUGGUGCUGAGUUUGGAACAAGUGUUCUUUCUUAUUUUGUUUUCUUGAAGUGGCUGCUAAAUUUGAACAUCUUCUCAUUCCUCAUAAACUUUGGUUUCAUCACAAUUCCUCAGUUCCUUGCAGCAGAACCAAAUAACCUUUCAUUCACGGGCCUGGAGCUGCUCACUGGAGCUGGUUAUUUUCAACAAACAGUGCUCUACUAUGGCUUUUACACCAAUGCUACAAUCAGUAAAGUGGAGAAUGGUCCAUCUUACAACAUGCAGCUGGCCUAUAUUUUCACUGUUGGAAUAUAUUUUGUCAUCUGUUUUCUUAUCUUGUUGUUCAGCAUGGCAAGAUUCUUCUCCAGGAACUUUGUUAAAUUAACAAAGGCAUUCUCUGUGAAUGCCAGCAAGCUGCUCUGUACUUGGGACUUCAAUAUAACUAAUGAAAAAGCUGUGAAGCUGCAACAAAAGAAUCUCCUCACACAAAUAAAGCUGUUUAUGAAAGGGUAUAGCAAUGAUCUACAGAGACAAACUGCCAUGUUGGUGCUACCUGUGAUUGUAUCUCUCCUCAACACAUUGAUCCCAUUCUUCUUCUCCUGGCUUGGGUACCUGGAGAAGUUUCAGACUCCUGGACAGCACAUAUAUGUCACUAUUAUCAGAAAUAUCAUCCUGAAAAUCUCAAUUGUUGGAAUACUGUGCUACUACUGGCUGAACAUCGUGGCUACCUCAGAGUCACAGUGCUGGGAAACUUUGGUUGGCCAAGAUAUCUAUCGUCUUGUUCUAGUUGACUUCAUAUUUUGUUUGCUUGGCUCUUUCUUUGGAGAGUUUUUACGAAGAAUUAUUGGAACUACAGUCUGCAUGAACCUGGGGCUGCCAGAAUUUGAUAUCGGACGAAAUGUUUUAGAUUUGAUCUAUGCACAGACUUUGACCUGGAUUGGUAUCCUGUUCUCACCUCUGUUGCCUGGUAUCCAGAUGAUAGCAUUUCUUAUAGUACUUUUUGUGAAAAAGGUCAGUCUGAUGAGGAAUUGCCAGCCCCCUCGCAAAGUCUGGAGAACUGCUCAAAUGACCACAUCCUUCAUUUUCCUGCUCUUUUGUCCUUCCUUCCUUGGAGUCCUGUCUGUCAUUGGAGUUACUGUCUGGAGGUUAAAACCUUCAGAAGAAUGUGGUCCUUUCAGAGGUUUGCCUUCCAUGUAUGCAGCAGUUGAUCAGUGGAUACAAAUACUGGAAAGCUACACUGUCUCAAAAUGGGUAGUGUGGAUCUACCACAAUUUAAUUUCAAGUGAACUUUUCUUCUUCAUCAUCUCUACUGUUGUACUAAUUGUUACUUAUCUUUACUUGGAAAUAAUACAAGCAAGAAAGACCAUGACCAAACUCUUACAAAACCAAAUUAUUAAUGCAGGAAAAGAUAAGAAGUUUCUACUCCAAAAGCUACGAAGAGAGCAAAGGGCAAAGAGAAGUUCAUCUGCCCUGGGAGGAAGAGGCCAGCAGAGAAGCUCCUCUUCAUACCACCCAUCCAUGCAACCUGCCCAGGAGGUGCCAGGCUACUCAGAAAGGGCAUUUGACAGAAGCCAAAACACAUCCUACCAUGAGCAUCCCUUUUCUGUUGAGAUCUCAAGCAGCAGUGACUUUCCACCAGGCGGCGAGCCCAGCCCGUCCCGGGCCGUGGCGCUCGCCCUGCGUGCCCGGGCAGCGGCGCUGGGGGAGGACAGCGAUGGCAGCGGGGGAUUCCAGCCCUAAACGGGCACGGACAGCAAUGGCAGCGGGGGAUUCCAGCCCUGGGCAGGCACGGACAGCGAUGGCAGCGGGGGAUUCCAGCCCUAAACGGGCACGGACAGCAAUGGCAGUGGGGGAUUCCAGCCCUGGGCAGCACCAAGUGAAGGCACUGCUGCAGGAAGCCAUCCUCUCUUGCACUAAUGAUAAAAGAAUCUCUCAAACAUCUUUUUUUACGUCCAAAUGGAAGGAAAAAAAUAGAAGAACAGGUUGUAAAAUGUGUCGGGACUUCGGUUUUUUACUGUGAUAGGCAAUAUCCACCUGUGGGGGCUGUUUUGCAGCAGUGGUGUUUGGUGACAGUCCCCCAGGACUGGCACCACCUCGAUGCAGUAAGGCUCCCUCCAUAGCUGGCCAUGUGUUGUUGACUAAAUAUAAGGGAACUUGUGCCUAACU